UUUACCAAAGUUGUCACAUAUAUUUCAAAAUUGCACAUCAUCUCAUUUUUAACAAAAUAAACAUUGUGUCUCAUUUUUUUUUGUAAAAAAACGCUGUGGUAACAAUAUUUUCUGUCAGCUUUCUCGAUAAUAUAUAAAAAAUACAUUAAUUAGCAGAAAAAGUAACUGAGCUCGCUUUAUAUAUAUAAGCACGUCUUCUCUAUCCUGAUAUCUCAAGAACGACUUCAAUAUAUACUUCAAAAGAUAAAUACCUGGAGAUGUCGGGAGUGUGGGUGUUCAAGAAUGGCGUCAUUCGGCUAGUGGAGAAUCCCGGAGCUGAUGAGACGAACACUGUGAAGGCAAAGCGAAAGGUUCUGGUAUACACUCCAAGCAACGAGAUCAUAACCUCUUACUCACAUCUCCAGCGACAUCUAUACGCACUUGGCUGGGAACGUUACUACGGGGAUCCUAAUCUCCUUCAGUUCCACAAAGCAUCCACCGUUCAUCUCAUCUCACUCCCUACUGAUUUCUCCAGGUUUAAGACGAUGCACAUGUACGAUAUCGUCGUCAAGAACCGCAACAUGUUCCAAGUAAGGGAUAUGUAGCCAUAUUUUGGCGGUUUUCUAUUUUCAGGCUCUUAUCCGUAAGACUGGUUGUAUGCACGUGGUGUGUGUUUGGUAUGUGCUUUGUAUUUGAAUGUUUGAUGUUGUAUAUAUGUACACUGUUCCGGAAAUAUUAAUGUAUGUUAAUAAGUAGUCUAAUUUGUAUAUGAAACCGUCAUUUAUUUCUGCUGAACAAGAACUAUAUCAUAUGAAUAUUGUAAUAUAUUUUUCAUUAAAAAAACAAAGUCCAGUUUGUGGUUUUUUUUUUUUUUGAACUUUAGUCCAGUUUGUGGUUGAUUGGUCAAAAAAGAUAAUUUAUCAAGAUUGCAUGAAAAGGACAUGUCUAGAAUGGAUAUAGGUAUGAAAAAUACGUAUUUUAUAUCUUACUGGAUUAAUGUAACAUGGGAUAUACAUAUUUAUAUCUAUGAAGUUCUAUAUAUAAUAUUUAUAACGUGGCACAAUAACAAAAAGAGGAUGGCAUCAGGGUCUCAUGCUAUAAAACGUUAAAGGUCACACAUCUUGUAUCAUUAGUGUAUGAUCUAGAUAACCAUAUGGUGGAAGUUUAUUUGCAGAAUGAUAUGGGGUGGGGUAAGUGAGUGAAGGGUGAUACUUUAUAUUUAUUUAUUUAUUUAUUUAAAACAAAUAGGGUGCAGAUAACAGAAGUACAAAUGAAAGACUACACCAGUAGGCAUCUCAAGACGAAACAGCUCAAUACAAGAAAUUCACAUGUGUGUAAAGUAAGAUAACACACUCUACACUCAGUUGACGAAUCAUAUCAAGCCAUCACUUGCUUCAGCAUAAACGAGUUCCAUGAGCAAGUUAGGAGUUAGGACCAUGUCUAGUUAUAUAAGAUUGUUGUUUCUACCAUCAAAUAUAUUGCUUAGCUUCUCUUUUCUAAGUUAUAUAUUGCUUAGCUCAAUAUGAGGAUUGUCUCUCAUCAUGCUUUCUAAAACUUUAUGGUUUCAAAACCAUACCUUGUAUGUUUUAUGUUUUUAAUUUGAAUGCCUUUUUUCAAAAAAAAAAAAUCAAAUAUAUUAUUUAAAGAAGUCUUAGUCAAAAAAAAAAAAAAA